AUGGCGCAACCAUUCCAAAUUAAAUCAGUCAAUGAACUGAGGCCGGAAAAACAGGAUAACAAUUACAGAGGAGGCAGUAUACCCUGCCCAGACCAGGCUGUGUUAAAUGAAGUCUACGAAAAUAUAGCGGAGACCUACAAAGUCAUUGAAGGCUCAUCCGACUCACGAUCCAGUCUCAAUCCCAUUCAGUCUCCUCAAGAUCUACUAGAAACUUCAAACGAGGUGUACGGCCUAGCCGAGAAUCAGGUUGGACACGAUAAACAGUCUCUUCAGCAAGCGCGGGAUCUCACCCUACAGAAGGUUGUACUAUCACCGACCUUCGUUUGCGGUGGAAAGGAAGCCAACCGAAUGAGUUCUGCGUAUUCUGAUACGGAAGCCGAAUGCACUGCAGCAGUUUGUCUAGAGAAUUCAGAUUCGGGUCCUCCUUUUAUGCUCACCUGCGAAGUCCAGACUCAAUCGGCAGCAGCCGACAACUUGCACUCAAACAGGACUAGAAAUUUGUGCCAGGGCUUUCCAAGCAAUAAUACAAUAUCCGGUAGAGAGGAUUCUGCUGAAUUUAAAGGAACUAUCUACACUGAUCCGUCGCAUCUAUCCAUCACUCCAAGAGCCAGGCCUGAGCCCAAUUAUGAUGGCCAAUUUUUCGACGAUGGAACUGCACGUGACUUCACCUUACCUUGGCAACCAGGCGGUCGGUUCCCCAUGCAGACUGCCCUUAAUGUGGUAAAAAAUCACCUAGCAGAACCUCGAAAAGGAACAGAACUAUCGCCAACCCGGCCUACUCCUCUGUUACCCCUUCCACCACCUAUCGGUUGUGUUUCACACUGGCAUGAAAAGGUCAGCCAGUCUUCCACGGGCAGGCAAGAUGAGCUGUCUAAUGAAGAUAUGGCCUCAGCCUUCUCCGAGUGGUUGAAUUUGCUGAUUACUAAACAUCGUUUUUGUCUGGAUACCUGGGACCAGUGGGCAGAAGAUCUUGCGGAAGCCGAGAAAAAAGCAACUCGCCGUACAGGACAGAAAAUUAAUGUGGUCAGAUUCACAUACAAUCCAGUAAGCAUGACCAUUCGUGCAAAUAUUUUAGCAUUUUGA